AUGCGCUUCGACGUCCACUGGGAGCCGGAGAACGGUGCGCUCGGCGUUAUCCCUGCUCUAGAAGACCUGUUCAUGCCGCCUGAGCAGCUUCGAAUCGACCUCGAUAUGGAGAGCCUGCUUCGGACGGUCAUCCGAUGGCAUACUGAAGGCGUCAUGAAGUUCUUCCAAACGCAGCUGCAGCGUGGCGCCAUGACGCGCAACAUCUUCUCGCCGCAAGGGGACGUCGUCUUUGUCUCGAACGAGGGCUCGCCUUCCUCGCAGAUACACCUUUGCGCUGACGAGGUCGUCAUUGUCACUGUCGACCCACGGACGGAACGGCUUACCCUACGUGACACCGGUGAUCUCGCGGCCGCUAGUCGUGAGCCUCGCUUCGCUGCCAUCACGCAGCCACUGAAUGACGCGCCAUUCAUGCUUCCGCAGGCUCUUGUCUUAUUGCGGAAUGCUACUAUCACCGACCUUGCGGAGCAGAAGGUGCAAUAUCUCGGCUUGCAGAGCUACCGGACUCGCAACUUCUCCGCCGACGAGAUCAAGAAGCUCGGUCAGGACGCCCAAGGCCAUAUCUACAUCCAGCUGGGCAACUUCCCGAUGCACUACCUCGUUCUCGUCAUCACCGUUCAGGAUUUCCGGUAUGCGCUUAUAAGCGCGAAGGAGGUCGAGCACUCAAUGAACCACGACCUCGUCAUGGAGGACAUCGGCUGGCUCAACGUUCGUCGAAUACAUGGCAACCAGGUCACGAUAGAAGGAGGCAUGGGACCCGAUCCCAUAACCGGUCAGAAGCGGAAACGAGAGGACGGCAUGGGACGGGUGGGGCCAAGUGGGGAACAGUAUCCCGCCAGCUUCCGUCUGGAGACGAAUGUCCUUCGGGAGCUGUAUGCCUACUGCUGUGCCCGAGUUGCCUACACCAAGGUGGAGCAACAGUUCAAGCUACGCAGCAUUCCCUACACGCAUGUCAGCUCGACGCUCAAUCCGUCAUCCUUCUCCGAGUUCGGUGACGUCCAGUCCUCCCUGGCGCGGACGAUCCCGGCGCUCUGUGUGCAGUCCUCAGAUAUUCUGUCCGGUGCACCCGCCGCGGAAGCCGCCAUGCCAAAUAUCCGCGUCAUCCCUCUCAACUGGUGGUCGACCGAUACAGCGAAGGUCGUCACCUGUGUCAAGCUGAAGUAUGUACAGCAGCCUAUAGGGAAGCGCGCGAGCGGCAGCACCGUUAUUCGACCAUCAAAACGCAUCAUCUACGAUACGCGGGAAGCGAUCGUGUCCUUCUUGUCUGACGACGUCGACAAGUGUGUGGACGAGUUCUUGGAGGAGUGGGCGCGUGUGUCAAAGAUGGUCGUCAUCGCGCGUGAAGUUGCGCAAAUGUCUACGAAGUACUUGUGGACAGAUGUCCGACUCAUCUCCUUCGACCUCCAGACCGUCGAGUUCGCAUACGCCGAUAACUACUCGGUCUCCCUCACCUGCACGGACCAGCUCGCCACAAACCGCAGCUCAUACCACCUCCGCUUCUCCCGUGUGCCGUCCGACGACUUCAUGCAGGUCGAUGACGAACUCGAUGUGAUCCACAACCCCCACGAAGACGCGGAGUUGUACCUCUGCAACCUCCUCGGGCACGGCAAGCUCUCUACCGCCCUCCAUCGACUGGUCACCCUCCUUCGCGAGACGCUGCCCGUCGUAGCCGAGCUGGAGGAUAUCCGCGUCAAGGCAGCGCAGCAAGGCCAUCUCAUCGACAAAUUCUCCAAGUCCGCAGGUUGGUUCCGCAUCCUGUACGGUGGUCUUUGCCACGCGCUCGAUUUCAGGUUUAUGACUGGCACACGCAUCGUGAUCCUCGACGGAUCGCAUACGCUCUUCGACGAGCCUGCGUACUCGCGCGGCCCCCGGAAGGCUCGCACGCCUUCGAGAGUGACCUCGCUAGCAAACACGGGUGCGCUGCAGCCCAUACCGGACUUCCGUGCGCUGGUCUCGGAGGUGAUCAAGGAAGAUGUUCUCCAGGGUGUCAAGGGCCAGUUUGCUCCGAUCGACAUUGGGGUGAUUUGCGACAUCACGGCCACACCGCGAUAG